UUCCUCCUUCAGAUUAAACUAGUAGCUGGAGUAACAAUGAAAGAAGAAGGCUGUAACUUCUACUUGAAUUACCGGCCAAACAGAAUGCAAAGGAGACUCAAGCAAUCUCAGCUGCAAGAUUUCUUGGUGGAACAUCCUCGGUGUCAUUGCUUCCUGGUAGGAUCUGGAUGUGCUAUAAUCCUCAUUCUUGUGGCAGCCCUCAUAGCCCUGGGCAUCAGGGUCUUUCAGGUCCAGAGAACUCCAGAUGUUCAGGAGAACAUUCCUGCUACUGAAACAAAGCAGCAAGUCAGCAAAGAGGCAGCAGGAGAAAAAUGGAACAAGCUGUGGCGAUUUCUGUGUAAGCACCAUUGUGACAAUUCCACAGGGAAUUUGAAGCUGUGUCCCAAAGAAUGGCAGCUUCAUGGAGACAAGUGUUACUGGAUCUCAGGGGAAAAACAGACCUGGAAUGAGAGUAGAGACGACUGUAGAGCCAAAUAUUCUGAACUUGUGGUUUUGAAAGAAGAGGCAGAAUUGCACUUCAUCCAGCAUAUCACCAAUGGGGCACAAAUGUUGUGGAUAGGACUGUCUGGAAAUUCCAGGACCGGUGAAUGGUUGUGGGUUGAUAAUUCCUCAUAUACCGGUAGUAAGGAAGGGCUGUUAAAAAUAACCAAGGCUCAAGGAAACAGCUGUGGGAUGUUGAAGAGCCCAAAAUUCAUCUCAGAAUCUUGCAGUGCUGUGGCUAAAUGGAUCUGUGAGACAGAAGCUCUGAUGAUGUAAAUCAUUCAAGAGAAAAACUAGGACGCACUCUACAAUAAUUACACUGGGGAGGAAUCCAGGUGGUCUUCCACUUACAACAGCUCAUUUAGUGACCGUUUAAAGUUACAACGGCACUGAAAAAAAGUGACUUAUGGCCAUUUUUCACACUUAUGACCAUUGCAGCAUUCCCCUAUGGCCGUGAUGGCGAACCUAUGGCACGCGUGCCACAGGUGGCACGUGGAGCCAUAUCAGUGGGCAUGUGAGCUCAGCUCCAGCAGGCAUACAUGUGCCAACCAGUUGAUUUUCGGGCCUUUUGGGCCCAUUGGAAGUCAGGAAAAAAGCUGUUUCCGGCCUCUGGAGGGCCUCUGGGGGAGUGGGGAAGGCCAUUUUUGCCCUCCCCAGCCUCCUAGAAAGGCUUUGGAGUCUGGGGAGAGCGAAAAACAGGCCUACCUUGCCAUUGCAUGCCAAAAGUGGGGGGAGUGCGGAGGGUUGCACAUGCAUGUAUGGGGGGGGCGCAUAGAAUAAUGGAUGUGGGCACACGCACGAGCGACACCCCCCACUCCCCCCACUUUUGGCACACGAUUGGAAAAAGGUUAGCCAUCACUGCCCCAUGGUCACGUCAUUUACAUUCAAAUGCUUGACAACUGACUCACAUUUAUGACAAUUGCAACGUCCCAGGACGAUGUGAUCAUCCUUUGCGACCUUCUGACAAGCAAAGUCAAUGCGGAAACCAGAUUCAUUUAACAACAGUGUUACUAAUUUAAGAACUGCAGUGAUUCACAUUAACAAAUGUGGCGAGAAAAGUUGUAGCAUGGGACGAAAGUGAGAACUUAGCAAAUUUCUCACUUAGCAAUAUCAAUUUUAAGCUCAUUUGUGAUCAUAGGUUGAGGGCAGUUCACGUUAAUGAAGUACUAUAUUGUGCCAUGAAAAAUUACAGGAAACACUGAAAAGUUUCUGAAGUUAAAAAUGAAAAAUUGAAUGUCGUUUUGGAGGAGGCCUGCUCAUUUUGAUUAGGGCAAUGGAGCAUGUAUACAUCUGGUUUUCUGGAUGCUUUAAAAAUGUUUAUUAGUUAGUGUUUUUUUAUGUUCACAUCAGUGGUGGGUUGCCCCCGGUUCACACCGGUUCUAUAGAACCGGUAGUAAAACCAGCGGGAGGCUCCGCCCACCGACCACGAUGUCAUCAGAAUGCUUCUGCGCAUGCGCAGAAGACCGUGUGCGUGGCCCUGUUGCAAACCAGUAGUAAAGGUAAAGGUUCUCAUCCCUGGUUCACAUGUAUCUUAAGAUGUAUGGACUUCAAGUCCCAGAAUUCCCCAGCCUGGUACCUCCAUAUAUUUUGAAGUUGUACUAACAGCUACAGAAAAGACACAUAUCUGCCCUUCACCCUGGCUUCACAAGGGGAGAAAGGACACAGCCGGUUUUGCCAAUUCAACAGCUCACUUCUUCAUCUUAAAAAAAAACCCCACCAAUUAUUUCUAGGAAAUGGGAGGACUUGACACGGCUGGCUUGAUGUGGCCAGCAGGGGGCGGCAUAGACCCGUUAUGCUAUUGGCACAUCUGCAUUUUCUUUUCUUUUCUUCAUUUCUAAUCUUAAUCAUGUACAAGUCUAGUUCAUAUUGAGGGACAAUAUAAUAAUUCUAUCUUAUUGCUAGCAAUGUUCUUGAAAGUGAAGAUUUGUUGAAAAAACAUUGUGAUUGAAAAAUCAAUCUUUCUGAUGCCGGAGAAUGUUUGCAUUUUUUGCUGUAUCUUUUAAAAAAUGUGUAAUAUAUUUUUUAUAACAAAACUGUAUUUUAACCUUGCGGGAAAAAAAACCUUCAAAAAAUUAAAUGUGUAAACAAAAUACAAACUAUGAAGGAUUCCCCACCCCCCCUUUCUUUAGUGUUUCCUGUAAUGUUUGUUGUGGAUGCUAGGAAAAUUUAACAAUGUUUGUGACAUCCUUUGCCUGUCCUGGUAUAUGGUAACUCUACACAGAGUGUUGUUUUGAUAGCUGAGCUGGCCCCAGUGAUAUUCCAAUAAAGUAUCAUUUGUUGAUUCAGUC